AUUCAAAUGAAUAGAAUCGAUAGUUUUGACUACAUCGAUGCAUCGAGUUGUAUUGGAUUCCUCAGAAAUUAUUUUAGAACAAAAGAGCAUACAUAAAUUGUACGUAAUUUCAAUUAAAUUACUCUAAUGAAGCUAAUUAUGUUUCAAGCGAAACUUGUGUGUCAGUUCUCAAAAAACAUCGCUGCAGUGAACAAAAUGUUCGAUGCAUCGAAGAAAAACAUCGAUAUUUUUGAUGCAUCGAUGUUUUUCCGACUUUCCUAUUCCAAACACAACGAAGACAAAUAAAAUAAAGAAAAUAAUAAAGUCGAGAACAACAAAAUCCAAAGUAAAUUAAAAUCAAGUAAAAUAAUCAAUGACUUCGACGCAUUAGCUUCAUAAGCCUGAGACAAUAUCCAUAGAACCACAAUGCCAACAAACAUCUACCACGAAAGACAGACCCGCCAGUUGUGCGCCCUUCAUACACUCAAUAAUCUUUUCCAAGGUCAUGAAUCUUAUACAAAAGAACAGCUGGAUCAAAUAUGUAACGACCUCAGUCCCAACGUUUGGAUCAAUCCGCAUCGUUCACCACUAGGUUUGGGAAACUAUGAUAUCAAUGUUAUAAUGACGGCGUUGCAAAUCCGGAAUUGUGAAGCCAUCUGGUUCGAUAAACGCAAAGACCCGUCCUGCAUCAAUUUAAAAGCCAUUGUCGGUUUCAUUCUAAACGUGCCUUCAGAUUACAAAUUCGGAUUUGUUACGUUGCCAUUGCAGAGGCGCCAUUGGAUAGCAAUACGGCGAAUCGACGACAAAUACUAUAAUUUGGACUCUAAAUUGCGAGAACCUGAAUGUAUUGGCAAUGAGACUGAACUACUAUCCUACUUGCGUUCGCAGUUGGAAACAAAUAAACGUGAACUGUUUGUAAUUGUGGAGAAAUCAGUGGUGGUUAGUGAACAUCAACAGCCAUAUUGGUUAAACGGAGAACCAAAUGGAAUACAUCAUAGUAAUAUCAACGAGUCAGACUGCACAACCUCAACGUAGAAAGAACGUGUAGCACUUUAAAAAGCUCUCUAGUCGUUUUUUCUUAUGUAAUUAGAAAAUACUUUUAAGUAAAAAUGAUACAGCUCAAAUGUGAACAUACAUAUUUCGUGCAAUUAAAAUUUUCCAUAUAAUGCUGGAAUACUAUUUUCACAAAGUAGUUCUUAAGGGUCUUAAAAUGAGUUCACGCUAUUACUGUUGCGGAUUGGCGUAACAUAAAAUGUACAAUUAUCGAACAAAUGCGCAUAACGACUUAACACAUAUUUUAGUAAUGCAUACUUUGUUAAACACAUUCAUUCAAUCUUGAAGUAAAACUAUUCAUAUUAAUUGUCUAUUUAAAUUUGUGUGUAAAAACUUUAUUAGAUUCUGUAAAAAUUAUACAUAAAAGACAUAAUUUACGAAUAAAACACUAUCGAAACACAAUCAAAGUAAAUUUCUUUGUAAAAUAUAAAACCAUGUAGAAGCAAUAUUCGAGCAGAGAUAUGUAGGUAUGUAUGUUCGCCAACUUUUGUUAUACGUGUCGCUAAGUCGUUAUCUAAACAUACUGGUUUUGUUUAACUUAAUUAUAAAAAAUAUUUGUGGAAUGUAUACCGAAAGCAUACCAAUUAUUUUGGUAAAAUAAAAGAAAUGGACGGUGGUUAGAUACUUCGAUUUUCAAAUAUGUUAUACAUCACCGAAGUAUUUUUCAAUUUUGUGCUUGAACUUGAA